CUUUUUUGGAAUUUCCAGUCAUUCGGAGAUUAAAAUGCUUAUAACUGCUUCAACAUCGCUGCAGACUAGUGCACCUGCAGGCGGGUCUCGUCAACGUCGCUUAAUUGACCUCGCCAAUAGCCUCGCUGCAAUUAAUGCUGCAAUGGCUGCAAGCUUCCUAUCGGCAGCGGAGAUGUAGACACAUGGUUCAUCGCCUGUCAGCCAUCUUGGCCGAUGUCGCAAAGACAGAGAUAUAAAGGCACUGCAUUCUGGUCUCAUGCUCGCUUUCCUUCUCUGUGCCUCUCAGCCAUCCUGUUCAAUUCCUCCCGGCCUCGCUCUACCGGCAUCAUGUUCACCAAGCAAUCCCUCAUCGCCCUCCUCGGAGGUCUGUCGCUGGCUCUCGCGCAGACCACCACCGAGGAGUACCCGUCGGCUGCUGAGAUCGCUGCAGCCAAGGCUUCUGUCCAGCCUUACUCCCCCGUGUCGAAUGUCAAGGGUCUCUCGUUCAACCGCUUCGUGAACAUCUGGCUGGAGAACACCGACUACGAUGUGGCUGCGGCCGAAACUCACCUGGCGGCGCUGGCCAAGAAGGGUCUGUUGCUCAGCAACUUCUGGGCCAUCACCCAUCCCUCCGAGCCCAACUACUGCGCCUCGGCCGCCGGGGACACCUUUGGCAUGGACAACGACGACUUCCACCAGAUCCCCGCCAAUGUGUCAACCAUCGCGGACCUGUUCGACACCAAGAACAUCGCCUGGGGCGAGUACCAGGAGGCCCUGCCUUACCCCGGUUACCAGGGGUACCGGUACCCAGAGACCGGGGCCAACGUCUAUGUGCGCAAGCACAACCCCUUGAUCUUGUUCGACUCCGUCACCGAGGACUCGCUGCGUCUCCGCCAGAUCAAGAACUUCACCACCUUCUACGACGAUCUGAAGCACGAGCGUCUCCCCCAGUACAUGUUCAUCACCCCCAACAUGACCAACGACGGCCACGACUCCAACAUCGAGACCUCCGGGGGCUGGACCUACAGCUUCCUGGCCGAGCUGCUCGAGAACGAGUACUUCACCAAGGACACCCUCAUCAUGCUGACGUUCGAUGAGACCAGCACGUACGCGAUCGGCAACAACGUCUUCACCUUCCUGCUGGGGGGCGCCGUCCCGGAGAACCUCCGCGGAACCACCGACGAUACCUUCUACACUCACUACUCGGUCAUCGCCUCCAUGUCCGCCAACUGGGGUCUGCCCUCGCUGGGCCGCUGGGACUGCGGCGCCAACCUGUUCAAGUGGGUUGCCGAGAAGACCGGCUACGUGAACUACGAGGUGGACACCACCAACCUGUACAUGAACGAGACCCACCGCGGCCCGCUGUCCGACGACGACUACAGCACCUACACUGCCGGCUGGCCCGUCCCUCUGACCCAGGGCACUUGCUCGGGCGGCUACGGCAUCCUGUCCGCGGUCCAGAAGACCUGGAAGGGGUUGACUGCCACCUUCAACUACACCGCGCCUUUCCCGUACGACUCGGCGAGCAACAGCAACCUUGGCGUGUCGUACAGCCGCAAGCUGAAGAACGGGAAGGUCGAGUCUGGAGUUUCUGCGUGAGGAUUUGU